AUGGGACGACAGGGCGAGUUGGGUGCGGACGAGAUGGCCGCGCUUGAGAAGCUGCUGAGCAGCAUGUUGACCUACGAGCCAGCGCUGUGCAUUACCGCGAAGGAGGCUCUUGCAUCGGAAUGGAUGUAUAAAUGGGGUCUUCCCGCAUGGAAGAAGACGACGUUGAAUGUCGCCGCUUGA